AUGAAGUUUUUGACGGCAGCCGCAAUAGGUGCGUCACUGUUGUUCUUAGCAGGUUUAACCAUAACCGGGACAGUGAUAGCUCUGAUUUUGGCUACUCCAGUACUAGUCCUGUUCAGUCCAAUUCUAGUCCCGGCUGGGAUGGUGACUUUCUUGGCUGCUGCUGGGUUCUUGUUCUCCGGCGGGUGUGGCGUGACUGCGAUAACGUUGUUAUCGUGGGUAUACGGUUACGUGACGGGAAAGCACCCACCGGGAGCUGACCAGCUGGAUUAUGCUAGGAUGAAGAUAGCUAACAAGGCUAGGGAAAUGAAGGAAAGGGCCAAGGAGUAUGGACAGUAUGUGCAGCACAAGGCUCAGGAGGCUAAUCAGGGUUAUUGAGUUUUGUUCUGUUUGGGUUUGAUCUUCAUCGUCAUCCUUGAUUUGCCUUCAUGCAUGCAAGCUUACAUUAUGUAGUUGCCUGCUUGGUUAUUUUUAUUUACUUCGAGUUUGAGUUGGUUUUGUAACCGAUCAGGUUUUUCUUUGUUAAUGAAUCAUCUUUUGUUUGCCUAUAGCUUUCAGUUCAGCAACCGAUGGUC